UAUCACCACUUCAACGACUAUUGAUAAUACGCCUCCGCCUACGCUCAUUACUGAUGAGGGAAAUCCGAUGGACGACACGUUUAAUGAAAUAAAUCCAUUGGAUCAACUUCCUUUUUUAUUUUGGAACGAUGAUAUUAAUAAUCGGGCAUCAACUGUCAUCACCACUUCAACGAACAUUGAUCCUUCGAUCAAUACCGAUGCCGGAAAUCCGAUAGACGACACGUUUAAUCAAAUAAUGUCAUUGAAACAACUUCCUUUUUUAGCUGAGUACGAUGAUAUUAAUAAUCGGACAUCAACUGUCAUCACCACUUCAAAGACCAUUGACAAACCGCAUUCUUCUACGAUCAAUGUCGACGCUGGAAUUUCGAUCGAUGAUACGUUUAAUUCAUUGGAUCAAUUUCCUUUUCUAUUUGGGAACGACGACGAUAUUAAUUCAUUCGACGAAUCUUUUAUUAGUGAUCAUUAUAACUGA